AUGUUUAUCGGAUUGAUUAGGCAUUACGGGAAGGUCGAUUUGAUCGACAAAGCAGUCGAGGUUUUCCGCGAUAUGGGAAAGUCGUAUAACUGCGCGAGCAUGAAGCAAUCGUUCUACACGAUUUUGAAUGUUUUGGUCAACGGCAGGCUGAUUUCUGAUGCGACCGAGUUGUUCGCGAAGGGGCUGAAGAUGGGAUUCAGGUUGAAUUCGAUUUCUUAUAAUGUAGUGAUCAAAAUAUGGUUGGGGAAUAAUGAUUGGGAGAAGGCGAUGAAGGUGUUCGAUGAAAUGCUUGGGAGAGAAGUGGAGCAUACAGUUGUGACUUACAAUUCUCAAAUUGGGUUCUUGUGCAAAAGGGGUGAUGUGGAUGUGGCGAAAACGUUGUUUGAGGAUAUGAGGGCGAAGGGAAGGCGAGGAAAUGCAGUCACAUACGUUGUACUGAUGGAAGGUUUGUGCUCAUUAGGUAGGUUCAACGACGCGAAGAGAUUGAUGUUCGAUAUGGAGUACCAUGGAUGCAAAGCAGAGCUUGUGAACUACGGCGUUUUGAUGACUGAACUUUGCAAAUGA